AUGAAUAGGACACUUCUUGGCAUGCUUAGAAGCCUUCCUGAACAACAUAAAUCAAACUGGAAAGAUCACGUUGCGAAGUUAGUACAUGCGUACAACUGUACUCGUCAUCAAACAACUGGUUACUCUCCGUUUUUCUUGCUGUUUGGUCGAUCUCCGCGAUUGCCAAUUGAUCUUGCAUUUAAGAUGGAAAAGGCAAAUGAUCCAACCGGGUACCCUCAGUACGUUGCCAAAUGGAAAACAGCAAUGCAAGAAGCAUACGCGAAAGCUUCAACGGCAGCGAACAGGAACGCAAAACGGGGAAAGAAACACUACGACAAGAAAGCUCGAUCAACAAUGUUAAAUGAAGGAGACAGAGUUUUGGUUCGCAAUCUCUCGCCUAGAGGAGGCCCGGGAAAGCUACGAUCUCUUUGGGAGGAGGAGGUGCACGGAGGAGGUGUCAAGAAAAGGGCCAGACAGCCCUGUGUAUGAAGUUCGAUCAGAGUCCAAUUCAACGAAAAAACCCCGUACACUACACCGAAACAUGUUACUCCCAUAUGAUUACCUCACAAGCGAAUCAGCCAAACCAAAACCUCGACAACGCAGAAUACCUGUUCAAGACACGUCCGUUGGCGAGAACGUUGUUGACUCAUCCGAUGACGAAGAUGAAUUUCCUUCCGUGUCACAUGGAUUACGAGUGGAACUGCAAAAUACGACCAAUCGUGAAAGAACGAGAAACUCAACAACACCAAUCAAGCGGGGUUGAAGAACAACUGCAUGGUAGAUGGAGAAGACCAGCUAAGCGGUUCUGAAGAUAAUACAGUUCAGGAACAACUCGUAGAUGGCGAAGACCAACCUGAUGAAGCAGAACCCGAUAACGUUCCAAACAACGAUCCUGUAGCCGGCACAGAAGAAACAGUAGAUGCUAAUGUUGCAAAUCGUCCCCAGAGAAAUAGACAACCUCCACAACGUCUUGUGUAUUAUGCACCUGGGCAUGCAGCCUGUUAUCAUUGUGGAGCCAUGAUUUCGCAAUUCCAGCAACCAAUCCCUCAACCUUACCAAUUCCAGCAACCAAUCCCACAACCUUACCAAUUCCAGCAACCAAUCCCACAACCUUAUCAAUUCCAACAACCAAUCCCACAAUCUUAUCAAUUCCAACAACCAAUCCCACAACCUUAUCAAUUCCAACAACCAAUCCCACAACCUUAUCAAUUCCAACAACCAAUCCCACAACCUUAUCAAUUCCAACAACCAAUCCCACAACCCUAUAGUUCCCAGCAACCUGUUCCUCAACUUUAUCAAGUCCCGAUGCCAACACAACAUCCAUGGUCUUACAACUACCACAUGUUUCCCAUGCAGUUGUGAUAGGAUACGAAGACUGAGUUGAAGUCAGUAAUAUCAUUAUAUUAUAUUGCUAUUUUAAAAUUAAAACAGAAAAAAACUUGGUUGAAAGUUCCACGUCCAAGGAUUUGUUGAUCCGGACUAUCUGAAGUAUUACGGAUACUUAAGAAAAUCAGUUAUAUUAAGAAGUUAUUAGACUUGGCAACGGAAAAGUCUGAUCAACCCAACCACUGUCCUAUUGGAAUAGGACGUUAUGCCAAACAAACUGUGAUGUAAACGAAGACUGAUUUAGAGUUAAAAUAGAUACUCGUAAAUAAGACAAAUGCCACGGAUGCCAUUUGUUUAGUGGGGGAGAGUGUUAGACAGUGUUCGACGAACAGUUAGUAUAACAUGGCGUUUAUAGAAACGCGAUAUGGUCAGUAGGACCGCGGGCGAAAAACGAAAUGAGCACGUUGAAAGUAAACAAAACGAGAUAUAUAAUUUUUAAAGGUUUAUUUCGUAUGUUAAAAGUAAAAUAAAAGUGGACAAACCAAGAAAGAGUAUUACUUCCUCAUAGUAAAGAAACCAUUUAACAACUGCACAACGCAUGCAAUUUUGCCCUUCAUUACAAUUACUAAAAUGUUUCUUUCAAAACAUUGCUCAACGUCCAUGAGCCCUUCCGAAGACAAUCAAAACGCAACAUCACAAGAAGCGCCUAGUAGAUCGUAUUAUAGGGUUUUGUAGCUGGAAAUUUCGAUUCUAAAAUUUUAUACAUUUAUUAAUAGACCUGACCGGGAGCAGUUGCCAAAAAUACAACAGAUUUACUAUAGACUCGUUGGCAGGAGUCGAACCUGAGGGCCGGGUCUUGGUUGCAUUUUUCCCAAUGCUCCAUGUUAGGUCCAUUACUGAAAUAUGAAUAUUUCCACGGGCAGAAAAUUUUCCGAAAAUAUCAUUGUUAAAAGUUGCAAAUUUUCAACUUGAAAAUUUUUUUCCGACGGAAAAUUUGUGUCGGCCGAUCACAUUUUACAAAUUUUUUUCUCCGUGGAAAAUUUUCUUGGGUGGAAAUGGGCCUGUACCAUUGAACUAUAAGUAACUGGAACGAUAAGUCGGCCGCCAUCUUUGAAGCCGGUUAUGAGUGUUUUCUGCAGGUAUAUAGCCCCAGUCCUUUUUUACAAAAUGGAUGCGAAAAAUAUAGCUUAAAAAUCGUUAAUAUUUUCUCACUUUUACUUCUUGCAAGGCAUUUAUAUUUAUCUCAGAGCACACUUAGACAACACAUCUUUUAUUUAGGGCACAUGAAAUAAGUAAAUAUUGUUUAGCUGCCGAAAUAUGACACGAACAAAAACUCGGCAAAAAACCGCGUGAAAAUGUAUGGUUUUUCUGAGUUUUUAGACUUUCCAGAAAGAGUUCAGAGACAAAUUUAUACAAUUUUAUGUAGAAAAAUCUUAGACACGGUUGUUAAUGGAGUUCAAACAUCCAGAAACGUACUUUAAUAAGUUAAAAUUAGGGAUUAAAUUAGUAAAAAUACAUCGUGAAAAUUUUUGUGUAUUUAUUUUCGUAUACAUACCUGCGAACAGGCUGUACUUGAGCGCCCGAAAUUUGACUUCACCCAAACAUAGGCCUUUAUCAUAGGAGUUAUCGUUCCAGUUUACUUAUAGUUCAAUGGCCUGUACACUCGAAAUCCCCAUCUACAAAACCCUUUAACGAUUAAUUAUAGUUCUAUCAAGUGAGUCAUGCACAAAAUCCUGAUAAUAAAUCAUAUUAUCGUGCAGUGUUUUCAAUAAUAAUUGUAAUAGCAGGCUGCAGUUAGAAAAUUUCGUGCUAAAAAUUUCGAGAUACAGAGAAAAUAUAAAUAUUCUUAUUUCCAAUGGACCAUUUGCAUUAUAGACUAAAUUUUGAUCUAGACAAGUCUAGCCAAAAAUUUCAUCACAGCUUGAAAGAGCAUCACAAAAUUAGUAAUAUUCUAGCCUGCGAACAGGCUCUCAAGCUGAAUUGAGAGCCUGCAUCGAUGAUUAAUGAAUUUGAAUAUCUGCCCCGUAACGUUCGUUUUUCCAAAUAUGGAAUGUCUAUCCUUAUAUGGUGUUGUUUACAACUUUCGUGCAAACUAAAUUUAGACCGUGCAAACUAAAUUUAGAGCGUACAGUUUAUACUAUUUUUCGAAAUAUAAGAUAUUCAAGCAAAAGUUCAAAUGUUUUAAAUACUGUUUUCUCAAAACAGAACAUUUCGUGCUUUGAGAUAAGACGGCCAAGACCAACAUGAUCAGUUAAUGUGUUUUUUUUUUAUGCAUAGUGCUUAGAGCAGUUGACAUAUAUAGAGCUCAGCGGAAACAUAUAAAUUAUAGCAUCUGACCAAUGAGAAUUUCGUGUCACGAUUUGAGAAGCAGAUAUUCAAAUUCAUUAGUCAUCGAUGCAGGCUCUCAAUUCAGCUUGAGAGCCUGUUCGCAGGCUAGUAAUAUUCCAAAGUUUCGUUGCGAAAUGUUGUAAAAUGCGGAUAAUAUAGCCUUGUGAAGUUUGCCGUUUUUCAGUCAUUUUGUAUUACGCACGGGAAAUUGACAGCCCAAUCGGGUGUUGGGGCAUCAAUUUCCCAUUUGUAAUACAAAAUGACUGAAAAUUGCAAAUUUCGCAUGGCUAUAUUAUCCGCAUUUUACAACAUUUCGCAACGAAACUUUGGAAUAUUACUAAUUUUGUGAUUCUCUUUCAAGCUGUGAUGAAAUUUUUGUCUAGACCAAAAUUUAGUCUAUAAUGCAAAUGGUCCAUUAUACAGAGAAAUUACUGGCUGUUAGAGGCCUAACAGGCGACGAUAAACCGCCAGUAACUGGCUUUUAUUGAAAACGUUGUAUGCUAUUAUUCUGAUACUGAUGCGUUGUCACUGGAUCUUCAAAGAAGUAAAUCGUUUUGACUGCCAGCAAUACCAAGAUUCGCACACCAAGAAAACCCUUACUAAUUGACAAAAUAUUUGACCGGUCCACGACAUCUUAAAAAUCAAUUCCGUUCCCAGAGCCAAAAUGUGACCAUGCAGUCACUAUCACGUGACAUACAAAUUUGACCGUAUCCUACACUAAAUAUUUCGAUUGUAAGAAAACAAAAUUAUAUUUUGUUUUAUUUUUAUUAAAAAUAUUUCACCAUGAUUUUAUGUUAUUGAUUGGGAACCACAAUAUUGUAUGGUUGCAUCAACUUGUUGUUUUUCUUCUAGUUUACAUCACUGGAAAUCGAUGAACCAAUAUUCCAACCAUUCCCUUCUGAUAUUGUGUUCCAAAAUUUUGCACCUUACGAAACAUACCAAGUUCCUUUGAGAUUUAGAAAUAAUGAUAAAGUAAGUAUAGUGUUAAUUUAGGGGCGAACCAUUAGGUUGUGAGGGGGGAUCUUCAUUGUCCAUUGAACCUGAUAAUUUGUUUAACUGUCAGUGAGAAACGAUUUUCGAAAAUAAUGUCAGUCAAGACAAGGCUAAGACCCUCGCUAACGCAGGAAAAUCUUUAAUCAACGAUGAAAGAUUAAUCUUCACCCCUUUGUAAAGAAACUGGAAAGUCUUUAAAUUCUUCAUGCUUAUUUUGUUGAAUUGAUUUUAUUGAAUAGUUUAUAACAUCACUUUGUACCGAUUUCUAACAUCUUUUUUCCAGCCCUUUAUGGCCCAUGAAUUUUCUCAUACAUGGCCUUGAAAGUCCUUGAAUUGAAUUCUUCAUUGCGUUCACAUGCAGUAGGUUACUCAAUGGUGAAUGGUAUAAUUUGUUAAUUGUUUCUAGGUCGCUCGGUUGAUAAAAGUGACAGAAACAGAUUCACCUUAUUUCAAAGUGAUCAGCCCUUCAGAUGUAGGAAACAAAGUUGCUCCGGGAAUGGACAAGAUGUUUAUGUUGCAGUUUACAGCAGACCAGAAAAAGG